GCACUCUCUUCCUCUACACACUGGCAGUGUUGGUGGAGGGAAAGGGUCUGAAUGCUGGAGAGAUGAUUCAUAUUGUAUCACAGGAGAAAGGCUGACUGUUGAAUUGUGCAGGAGUUGCUAGGUCAUUGUGUCGCCAAUAAACUGACUCUUGGCUCAUUUGCGAUACAUUCCAGGGAACAUACACGAAUGCACUCCUCCGAUAUUCAGCUCUUUUUUAAAAUUUAUUUCCUUAUCACUGAAUCUCCCCUGUCCCAAACCAGUUUCCAAUCUACCAAAGCAGCUGUGAGCAGCCUCUGGAAGAUUGUUGUUGACCUUUUCUUUACCACAUUGUGAUGUCACGCAAAUUGCUGCUGGGCUCCAGUUAAUAUGGAGAGCUAGCAGAUGUGAUAGUGUGUUAUAUUAUUCCACAGCCGUUGCUUUUGUCUUGCACAUUUUUUUUGUAUGACUCAUUAUGGGCUACGGUAUAUAAACUGUAUUGGUGUUCAAGGUUUCAAUGUCUUCUUGCAAUAUCCACAGUUCUGUUCUGCUUGAGGAUGCAUUCUAUAUUUAAUCCAGAGAAUCUUCAAUACACGUGACAUUGUUGAGAAGUACUGCUUUCUCAACUCCUUCAUCUGCUGACUAUUAGCAGUCCUACUCUGCUCUCUUACACUUGAUUCUGCAAAUUAAAUACGAAGUUAAUGGGUGGAAUAUCCAUCAUGUAAACGAUAAAGACACUCUAAAUAUUUUUCUUCAACUACUAAUGUAAUAAAUUUCUGUAUUCUUUAUGAAAUGUAAGUGAAUUAAUAAUUCAGGCUGGAAACAAAAGUAGAUAAGUUUACAUGUUCUAAACAAUAAUGUAGAACAUGUACUUGAAACAUUCAAGGAUGUUGUAAAAUCAUCAGAAUUAUUUUGAGAAACUAAUACUUGCAUCCCUACAGGUCUAACCAAAUUAACUGUGACAAUAGUACUAUGCCACAGAAUUAGUUGUUCCCCUCGCCAUGUUGUUCUAGUGCAGCUACAACACUGGCAUCCGCCUGGCAGUGUGGAAAGUUGCCCAGGUAUACAAAAGCAGGACAACUCCAACCUGGCCAAUUGUUGCCCUCUCAACUCAGCAAACUGAUGCAAGAGAUCAUUGACAGUGCUAUUCAUUGGCACUUGUGUCGCAAUAACGUGGUCACUGAUGCUCAGUUUGGGUUCUGCCAGAGCCAAUCAACUCUUGGCCUCUUUACAGCCCAGGUCCCAUCGACACAAAGCUGAAUUCCAGAUGUGAGGUGAGGGUGACUGCAGUUGACGUCAAGACAACCUUUGCCCAGGUGGCGUAUCAAGGGACACUAACACCUGGAGUCAGUGAAAAUUGUGGGCAACUCUCCACUGGUUGGAGUCAAACUCAUACAAAGGAGGAUGCUUGUAGUUGUUGGAGCAAAUCAUCUUGGCUCAACAUGGCUGCAAGUGUGCCUUGGGUAGUGUCCUAGGCCCAACCAUUCUCAGUUGCUUCGUCAAUGACCUUCCCUCCAUCAUAAGAUCUGAAAUGGGGAUGUCUACUCAUGAUCUGUACAAUGUUCAGCACAAUUUGCGACUCUUUGGAUACUAAAGCAGCUCAUACAUGCAGCAAGACCUGAACAAUAUCCAGGCUUAUACUAAAAAGUGACGUGGACCAUUUCUGCUGCCAGUGUCUGGCAGCGACCAUCUCCAACUAGAAAGAAGCUAAAAACAAGCCCCUUAGCAUUCAAACAGGAAGAAGGGUUACACGCGAAACGUUGACUUCCCCACCUCCUGAUGCUGCCUGGCUUGCUGUGUUCUUCCAGCUUCCUGCUUGUCUACCUUGGAUUACAGCAUCUGCAGGGUUUUUUAUGUCCUUAACAUUCCAUGGCAGUACCAUUGCUGAAUUGCCUACUAUAACCCCUCGAUGGUGAUCACCGACCAGACCCUGAACUGGACCAGUCGUAUAAACACUGCCUGUGAGAGCAGAUCAGAGGCGAGGAAUUGUGUAGUGAGUAUUUCUUCUCUUGUUUGCCUGAAGCCUGGCCACAAGCCAGCAUCGUGAUGGAAUACUUUGCAAUGCCUGGAAGAAUGCAGCUCCAAGAACACUCCCACCUCAACACCACCUUUGGAAACAGAAGUUUGAUUGGCACUUCAUCCAAUACCUUCAACAUUUACUCCCUGCACUGCUAAUGCACAGUGGGUAGCAGUGCAUCACAUCUACAAAAUGCAGUACAGUAACUCAUCUCUUGGUAGCACCUUCCAAAUCCAUGACCUCUACCUGUCUAGAUGGACAAGGGUAGCAAAUACAUGGGAAUAUAAAAUAAAAGGAAAGUACUGUGGGUAUUGGUAUUGGGGAUCUGAAAUAACCAAAGGUGGCUCACUGAACUCAAUGUGAACUCUGUUCCUCUCUCUUGACAUGUGCUGCCAGACUUUUUGAGUUUCCUUCAGUACUUGUUAUUAGAUGGGAACACUACUACCUACAAAUUUUCCUCCAAACCAAGUACUAUCCUGAUUUGGAACUUCAUCACAAUCCUUUACUGUCACUGCAUCUAAAUCAUGAAACUGCCUCCCAAACAGCAUUUUGGGUGCACUAUAGUCAGUGGAUCAAGGCAGCUCACCAGCACCCUCUGCAGGUCAGUUAAGGAUGGGCAAUAAGUGCUGGCCCAGCCAAUAAUGCACACUUUCUCUAGUCAUAGAGAUGUACAGCAUGGAAACAGACCCUUCAGUCCAACCUGUCCUCGCCGACAAGAUAACUACACUGCUCAUGCUUAUGGUAAUAUGCCAUGCACAUGUGAGUGGUCUUGUGUGUUGUCAUGUGAGUGGUGCGAAUGAGGAUUCUGGCUGGUUCUUAUUAUGUUCUCGGCUGUGGUGUUGCCUGUCUCCUUAUUUGGGAGUCAGGCCAGCUUGGGGGUCCCUUGGGCUCUUGCAGACAGCAGUGGUUCACAGAUCACACUUUUUGAACUGCUGCUAUAGACCAUGGUUUGGGCUAUGGCAUGUUUCAUGGAUUAGUUUGGGCACUUUUAGAGGCAUUUGAAAAUUAACUAAUACGAUUAGUGUACUCACUUGGGACACUUUAUUUAUUUUUGGCACGCACCACGUCCAGUUAAGGAUUACAUUUUCUUCAUAGAUUUAAUUACUCCUUCCCUGAAGACCAUCUGUUUCAAGACAACCUAGCAUCCUCAUGACCUACAUGUUAUUACAAUGCUGGAGCAACUAAUAUAUGCAAGGCAGCUGAUUUGGAAAACCUAUUGAGGCAGUAAACCCCAUUACGUUGAGUGGUCCUGGAAAAACAGGUUGUUUGGAACCUGUUGAAGUAGUUAGGCUUUUAGGUGGUUAGUGGCAACCAUAGAGUCACAAUCUUGGAAAUUUAUUGCUGUUCCUUCACUGUCGCUGUGUCAAUAUCCUACAACACCUUCCUAAUAGUAAUUUACAUCUACCCACACCAAAUGAACUGCAGUAUUUCAGAAAGGAGUCACCUCAAGGACAACUAGGGACAGGCGAUAAAUGAUUGCCCGACAACAACGCCUGCAUCCUGUGAGUGAAUUGGGAAAAACAUUUGCUUUUGUUCAUUUAUUUAUUUUGCAAACAACAAAAUUCUGUUUCCUGAUCUUUUGUCAGGGGGUAUCCAAAUGAAAAAUGUUUACAAUUGUGAUUUGACCAGAAUGGACCUGGAGCAGGAUUUUUAAAAGUGCUAACUAAUCUUGGAGAUGAAAAAUAGCAGCAAAUGACUGAUGAGGACAAGCUAACCCAAAACUCUUAAAAUCUGGGUAGAAGUCUCGAGAGCAACAUCGUGACUUGGAAAAGUGGGCCUUACUAAAGUGAGAUGGUCCUGUCUUAAUCUGCAGAUGAACGUCACGUGAAGAAUGAAGUCUGAACGCUGCAGAGAUGUUUAAAGUGUUGUGUGUGCACAAAAAUGUAGAGAUGAGUGAUCUGCAUGAGAUAUGAAGUUACAGGGAACAGAGGUCCUCAAUAAGCAGCUACUCCAUCUUCUGUUGCUGGGGUCUGUUUCCGUGGAACUUGCUUUUUUUUUAAAACACAAUAACCUUGGGGGCAUUUUAGAUUUUAAAUCUAAGAAACACCGCACAGACUGAAAAGUCAGGAAGAGGUGGUGAGUUUGUAUAAUUUAAACCAAUUUAAUGCAAAUGACAUGAUCCAUAUUAUGGACAUAAUCCAUAAUGGCUACAGAGAAAUGUUUUGCAAGGACACAUUUUCAUGACUUAAAAUCAUCUGGCUUUAAAGUACAUCAUUUCUUUUGUUUCAAGAUUGAACAGAGCAAAAACCAUGAAUUAGAACCAGACUGUAACACGUUUUUAUCUCAAAUUUGCUACUGUUCUUCUCAGAAGUGGUGGUUAAGAGGAGAUUUGAUAGAUGAGCUGCAAAUCAUGAGGGAUUUGGACAGAGUAAAUGGAAGUUUCUCUUUGACUGAAGGAUCACAAACCAGAGGACACUGAUUUGAGGUGGACAACAGAGCCAAAUGUGGGGAUGUGAAGAAACAUUUUUCUUUAUGCAGCAAAUGGUUAAGAUCUGGAAAUGGCUGCCUGUGAGUGGCUUUCAAAAGGGAACUAGAUAAUUAUGUGAAGAGAAAAAUAUUACAAGUUUAUAAGAAAAGAUGGGAGUUGCUGAUUUGCUCUUGCAGAGUACUGGCAUGGAUAUAACCGACUGAAUGGUCUCUCUUUCUUUGUUAUAACCGUUCUAUCAUUUGAAUGGAGCUGGAAACUAUGAAAGAUGCAGAUCCUAAAAAGAUUAAAGACCCACCUGAUAUAUGACACACGAGUAAUCGAUUCUAUGAUUUGCAACUCCUUCCAUGUGUCCUUUACACUCUGUAUACCAGAACUUAAUUUAUCGAAUAACAAAGUUCCCAAAGACAAUUUUUGUCUGUGUACUCAUUAUACCCUGUCUUCUGUCUUCACAGAGUGACCUUCACUGCAUACCACAGAAGAGUGGUUGUUGAAAGCACCAACCAUCAUUACAUACACUACCCCAAUCUUGCAUCGAUAAACAUCAUCCCUGAUACAGGCAUUUAUUACACACAUGUAAUGAUGGAAAUGAAGAGCAAUUUCAAACCCACAGUACUGGUAGGGUCUUCGUUGAGCAGUUCUGAAUAUCCAGUGUUUGGCGAACUGUCCCAACUGGAGCACAAGUUUAAUGGCGGAAGGAGGACUCUGAACUGAGGGGGUGGGGUUGGUGCUUUGUAGAGGUUGAAGUCUUCUGCCCCCACUUCCCUCUUCAACACUGUUGCUAUUCAUCAUGGCCAGCAAGAGAAAGUCUACAACUCCUUGUAUGAUACCAGCCAAAUCCCUGACCAUGCACGAAGCAGAAAUGGACAUUACUCCAGAAUACAAUGAUGAUGAUGAAGCCUCUCCACAAGCAUUUCCUGUUGAGGAUAUUUCUGCCAACGAGGAGGCAUUCACAGUGAUCAAUAAUAAUGAUGUUACAGAACGUGGUGGAUUUGAAUGCAAGUACUGCAAUUACACAAGUCAGGACUAUCACACGUUUACUGUGCACAUAGAAUCGGAGCACUCUGACGCAAGUGUGGACCAACUUUAUGUCUGUGUUGAGUGUAACUUCAGUGCCAAGAGUCAGGAGUCCCUGACAGUGCACAACACCUUGAGCCACCCGAAUGACGCCAAGCUGAAAGUGAGUGUCAUCAAAAAGAACAGCCAGACAGUUGUUGAGCAGAGCAUCACCGAGACCAAAAACAGUGAUGGCAAGGAAAACGGCGAGGAAGCAGAAACGCAGUCAGAAAUCUCCAUCAGCAAAACGCCCAUCAUGAAGAUGCUGAAGGCCAAGCCGGAAGGCAAGCGGAUCACAGUCUCUCAUGCUGGAAGGGAAGAGUCCAAUGAUGAAGGAGGGGUAGCUGAUGAGGCUGUGAAAAAAACUGAGGGUGGGGAUGUAGUGGAGGUUCUGUCUGCCAAUGGUCUGACAGCACCUUCCCAUCCUGUCAAUGGAACGGCUGUGGUAUCUGUGCCUGUCCUGCAGGCAGGCAUGGCACAGAUAGUCCCUGUCAUACAACGGUCAGCAUCCAGCAACAGCUCGAGCUCCCUGCCCAAAGUCAUGAUCCCGUUGAGCAGCAUCCCCUCGUACAACGCUGCCAUGGACUCCAACAGCUUCCUCAACAACUCCUUCAACAAGUUCCCCUACCCUUCGAAGGCUGAGCUCUGCUGGCUGACAGUGGUGACCAAGUACCCGGAGGAGCAGCUCAAGAUCUGGUUCACUGCCCAGCGGCUGAAGCACGGUAUCAGCUGGACGCCAGAGGAGAUCGAGGACGCCCGCAAGAACAUGUUCAACACCAUCAUCCAGAGCGUGCCUCAGCAGACCAUCACGGUGCUGCCCACCCAGGUGACCAACACCAAUGGCGGCCAGCAUGUCUUGCAGGCCAAUUUCCCCUGCCAGCUGUUGACCCAAGGCGGGAACAUCGUGGUCACUCAGCCAGGCGGGAUAGUGAAGGGAGCCACUGUGUCGGGCACCCCUGUCGCUGUCAGCCUCGCCACCCUCCCCAAGCCGCAGAACUCCCCCAAGUUUCAGCCGCAGAAGGCGGUGGGCUCAGCGGUCGGGUCCAGUGUCAAGAUCUUGGCGGCUCCCUCUGUGACAGGUCUCCAACCGGGGGCAGUCGCCGUCACGUCCAGUCACCCGUCCACCACCAGCCUGGUCUCGGAGUUCGGCACCUACAAGUACAAGAAAACCAAGGAACAGCUGGCAGCACUGAAGCAGAGCUUCCUGCGGGCCCAGUUCCCGGAGCACGAGGAGGUGGACCGGCUGGUCCGGGUCACCGGGUUGCAGGGCAAAGAGAUCCGCAAGUGGUUCAGCGACCGGCGCUACAACUACAAGAACCUCAAGUGCAACCAGGCCUUCGACACCAGCACCGCCAAUGCCUGCGCGUCUGCCGAGACAGUCCCCGAGGAGACGUCCACCCCCCCUCCACCACCACAGCCGGCGGCAGCCGGACCCCAGUCUUCACCGGCCCCCCAGGCCCGGCGCCAGUGGCAGACCAGCUGCGAGUUCACCCCACCUAAAUUCAAGGGCAAGUCGGCCGAGCAGCUGAGCGCCCUGGAGCACAGCUACGCGCAGAACCCCUUUCCCCCCGAGGAGGAGGUGGACCGGCUGCGGGUCGAGACCAAGAUGACCCGCCGGGAGAUCGACCUCUGGUUCUCCGAGCGGCGGAAGGCCAAGCCGGACGACAGGACCGCCAAGGCCCGGCGGCGGGCGGACGGCGACUCCGGUGAGGAGGAUGAGGACGAGGAGGAUGACGAGGAGGAGGACGAGGAGGAGGAGUCGGACGGUGAGGGGACGCCGAGCGACAGCAGCUCGGUGGACAUGAAGCGGCUGAUCGUGGUCCCGGAGCGAUUGAAGGGGAGCCCCAUGAAGAUCAACGUGAAGGAGGGCUUGGGCCUGUGCGUGCAGCAGCAGCAGCAGCAGCAGCCCAAGGCCAGCAAGGCCUCACAGCCUCCAGGCACCUCGCCUCCCAACCCCGUCAAGUACAAAGGCCAGAACAAGAAGACGGUGCACCAGCUGCACCUGAUGAAGCUGCAGUUCAUGCGGACCCAGUGGCCGACCGUCGAGGAGUACGAUGAGCUGGCCAUCAAGUCGCGGCUGCCGCGCACUGAGGUCGUCCGCUGGUUCGGCGACGCACGCUACGCCCUGAAAAACGGCCAACUCAAGUGGUAUGAUGACUACAAGAAGGGGAUCUACGCCAUCCGCUCGGGCAGCAACAGCCUGAUCACUGACCUACCGUGUGACGGUUACCGGCCCAAACGGACACCCUCGAAAAAGGGCGGGAAGGCGGUGCUGUUUGAGUACUACACGCAGCACCGUGCGCUGCACGAGGAGGACCUCGACCGCCUCUGCGAGCGCUCCAGCAUGAGCUAUGAGCAGGUCCGCGACUGGUUCGCCGAGAAGCAGACCGAGGACGCCAUGUACAUGUCCGACUUCAGCAACGAGGACCAGCAGUCGACCAACGGCGAGGCUGACAAGGCGGAGAAGGCCCGCGGCGCGCUGCAAUUGGCGGCCUCCUCCUCCUCUGCUGCCGCGGUGGAGGAGGCCUACUCAGACGUGACGGACAACAGCGACAACUGGGAUGUGCCGUCGACGCGCGAGGGCCAGGCCGAGCUGAACGAGUUCGAUGCCGAGAUCGUCUCCGGUGAGGCCUGAAAAGCAGAGUGAUGCGAGUUGAGCACCUUUAAAGAAAAGGAAUGAUGCUGUGGUUUAUUUCUGGCUGAAGAAAGUCUUCGACUCUUUUGGGGCCUAAAGCUGCCUCUAGCUGCUACUCUGACUGAUCGGAUGCUGUUUUGGGAGGCUGCAGCUGUGGUUCAAACACUUGGUUUUAUGUGUGUGUGCGUGUGAGUCAUGGCACCAUUACUGUAAAUAGACAGUGACAUAACUGACACAGGAAGGAGAAGGUGUCCACCUGCAUUUUUAGCGCCCAGCAGUUGCCACAGUCAAGGAAUUCACUUCAGUGCACGAAACUCUUUGUAAGUGACAGGUCAAAGAGCAAUUUUUUGACAUGUUUGUAAAAUUAUGUCUUUUAUCAGUUGAAUCCAUAUUGAGAUAAUAGUGAAAGUGGUGAUACAGACGUUUGAUGUUUGAAACAGAGCCAAGCACUAUGAGAUAUUCUUAUUGAGUCAUCAUUCCUCAUCAGGGAGAAACCUGUUAGUAAAAUCAUUUCAUAAAUCUCUGCUUGCACAAGGAGUGAGACCAGCAUCAGUUUAAUUUUUACUUUCUUGAUAUUUAACCUGUUUUUUUCCUACUUUCCUCUCCCGAAACAUUUUUUCCCCCAAAUCUCCCACUCCCCCUCAUUUUUUGUAUCUGUGCUUCAGAUGGCACUUUAUGUGUGGAACAGUGGACAAUUGAACCAAUUCCCAUCGAUGAAUAGCAAUGGCAAUUAAUGGCUGUGUGGCGAAGUAGAGCAAGCACCAGUAAGUGAAAUAUCAGACAUGAAGUAGAAAGCAACCUUGCAGGGCACAAUAGUGCAAGGACUGUGAAGUGAGGUGGAUAGAUUCCCUGAUCUCAGUCACAUCUCUUAAUGUCAGCAGAGCUCUUGAGUUGGGCUUAAAUAACAACAUUGUCGCAAAUUCUUUUUGAGCUUUACGCCACUCACUGUAUGUGGGACAGUUCAUACCAAAAUGGCAUUACUUUGGAAAGUAAUUUUUAUUGGGGUUACUAUGCAACUGGAUGCACUUGGAUGUCCAGUUAAGCAUUUAGUAUUUAAGUAGCAACACUACGUUCACAAUUUUUUCACUGGCAUGAACGAGGGGCUAGAUCUGUGCUCGUCAGAGUAGGAUUUACCAAGGAUAUGGCAUGCAGGCAGGUCUGUACUAAUUUAAAAAAAGAAUAUAUAUAUAUAUAUGUGUGUGUGUGUUUGUGAGAGUGUGUGUAUAUGUGUGUAUAUAUAUUAAGCAGUUAUUAUCGCUGUGAGAAACCAAAAAGGUAUAAUUUUUUUGCCUGCGGCAGGUCUUCAUCAGAAGAUCUGAAAAAGAAAUGAAGGAUCUGUGAGAAUUAGAUCUGGUUUGGUUAUGGUAACAGUAAUGGAAAAAUGGGCAGGUAUUCAGGCAGAACUGCAAUUUCGUCCUGUUGGAUUAUCAGACUAGCGCUACUGACAAGCUUUAACUGGGAAAGAUGGUUCUAGAGUUAUCGUACACAGCUAGCCCAUUCUACCGAUUGCUGAAUGUAUUCCUUGGUAGGUGUUUGACUGAGACAGAACCCUGCCAUUGAUGCAACACUAAAUCUUGUUUCCGUGAAGAAACUGGAGGGGGGAGGCAGGUAUGUGUAGGGCCUUUGCACCAUGAACCCUUAAUUUACCAGCCUAUAUUUUCAAAUGAUUUAAAGAUCGUUGUUGCUGAUGCAGCAUUUGUUCACUUUGGCUGAAAUUGUCUGGUCUUUUCAAAAGUAAUCCUUAUACUUUCAGAUCCUUUCUUCUUUCUAGACAGUGGAAUGGGAAUAGUAACUAUGGAACUGUUGCCCAUCUUUAAAUGUUUUACUGUAAGGCUGACAGAAUUUCUUGGUGAGCUGUCUUUGUCUGUUGCUAUGUGAUUGUGUUGGAUGAAGACAAUUCCCUCCUACUUCUGUGAAAUUCAGUGACAAUAUUUGAUUUGAAGCUUUGGUCAUUAUUUUGAUGCUGCUUUUAGUUGUGGGUAGAGUAAACCUUCACAUCCUUUCAGAGAACCGGCAGUUCAUCUAAUCCACAGUGAGAAAGUUAUCAAGAUAGCAAUCAAGAUUAAUGCUAGAAUCGCAGCACAGUUGACAUUCUGUCAUCAACAACACCAAUUGCAACUUAAAGCUCCUUUUAUCAGAAACCCAAUUCCAAUUUUGAAUUCCAUGCAAUUUUGGAUUAAGAAUUAACUUAACCUGAAACAAUAAGAAUUCCUUCAAAGACAGUCAGGUUGUGGAAUGGCUAACUUAAUCAAACAGAUGAACAAGGCUCAAAGUUUUCCUCACACCAGCCAGUCAAAGCUGGGAUUUUAGUAGAUGGCUACAGUUUGAUACCCAAUGACACCCAGUGUUUCACAUCUGGAUUGCUGUUGAGUGAUUCCCUGUCAGAAGCAAAUGAGUUCAGGUUUCAGAUGAGGUCUGAUUCCGUUAAGAUGUUUAGAUUAGAUUAGAUUAGAUUACUUACAGUGUGGAAACAGGCCCUUCGGCCCAACAAGUCCACACCGACCCGCCGAAGCGCAAUCCACCCA